AUGAUUGCGAGUCAGAUUCUACCUUCUUUCCUGCUGGCUGUGAGCUCUGUUGCCCGCGCUCAAGCUCAUGACACUGUUUCGCUUCGUAGCAACGACACCGUUCCCAUUUGGAACUCAAGUUACGACUACAUCGUUGUAGGUGGAGGUGCAUCGGGUCUAAUCGUAUCCGAGAGACUUGCGGAGACAGGCAAGUCGGUCCUUGUACUGGAACGAGGUGGACCUUCUCUGUUCUCAUCAGGUGGCGAGCUCUUUACAUCUUGGAACCGAACUCUCACUCUCUACGAUGUGCCUGGAAUAUUCUAUACUAUGGCAACUAGAACAGAGACCCUAAAGCUCUGUACCGAUGUUCCUCAAGGUGCUAUAGCAGGCUGCAUACUUGGUGGGGGGACUGCAGUUAACAGUAUGCAAUUUGUCCGGCCACCCAGCUUCGAUUUUGACAAGUGGCCCGUCGGCUGGCAAUGGUCCGAUGUAGAGCAGUCGGCCGCACGCCAGUACGAACGAAACCCUGGAUCUACCACUCCGUCUGCCGAUGGGAAGCACUACGACAAUGGUGUUUGGGAUGUCACUUCCAGUUUCUUCGCUAAUGGUGGUUACACUCAGGUGGAUACCAAUGAAGAUCCAGACAAGAAGUACAAGGCUUACUCAUAUCCGGCUCUCAAUACCGAGGGAGGGUUUCGCGCAGGACCUGUUCGUACGUACUUGCCGCUCGCGGAGAGGUUUCCGAAUUUCAAGCUUCAGUUGCACACGAAAGUCGUACGUACAGUGCGGACUAAAUCGAAAAUAACCGGCGUCGAAGUGGAAGAUACCACCGGCAAGCGCUCGAUAGUCAACAUCAAUCCAGGUGGAAAGGUGAUUCUUGCCGCUGGAGCUUUGUCGAGUCCUCGUAUCCUCUUUAACUCAGGUAUUGGGCCAGUAGAUCAAAUCAACAUAGACUGGAUUGAAUCGCCGGUCGGCUUCGUUCAAGACCACACGAUAGUUAUUGUCACUUUCAAUGCUCCAGGGGGCACGAACGUACUAAACCAGACAGAAUUCACCAAUCCCAGUCAGGAAUUGCUUGACCUCUAUGCCAGCGGUUCGGGUCCUCUUGCUCAGUCUUGGAAUCGCUUAAUGUCCUACUCUACAGUCACAAACGAGGACGGCCACAAAACACUUUGGCAGGGUCAUGCAAUGGGAGUGUUGAAUAACACAGUCCAAUUUAUGGUGGCCAUUACCCACAACUCCACUUCAACCGGAACUCUGGGAAUCACGUCUGAAGGGAACACAGAGUGGAUUCAGAGUCCGUACCUGAAGUCAGCAUCCGACAAAGAAGCCAUGACAAGAGCACUUGAUGAGCUGCUAGCUAUUAGUCGCCUGCCUAAUAGUACCCUGGCGUAUGGGGGCCCUUUAAAUUCCACUGGCGCGUCGGUUCUUGAAGUUGCGAUGAGUGGCACAGAUCCAAAUACUACAAUGAUCCCUGGACAACAUAUGAUCGGCACAACAAUCAUGGGUACCGAUGAUGGGACCAAGAAUGGAAGCAGUGUGGUGGAUACGAACUGCAAGGUAUAUGGCACAGACAAUCUGUUUAUCGUCGAUGCUGGCAUGCAUGUUGAUCUGCCGACAGGUAAUACGCAAGCUAUUGUCAUGGUAGCAGCUGAACACGCUGCCCAGAAGAUUAUUGCACUUGAUGCAUGCAUGAGCUAUGAGAUCUGCUGCUAG